CAGUUAUUUACCCGCGUCUCAGAAAACACAACACAGUAGAGCAUCAAAGUCCAAGUGCAGGUAUGGUGAUGGUGAUGAGUAGCCCCUCAUCAUCGUUCUCUCUCCUUCCUCUUAACCCUAACCUAUCCACUAUUAGAGUCAUUAACCGCUCUCCUACACAUUAUCAAUUUAGAAGGAUCAUUUCUGGCCAUCGGAUCGUAAGACAAGUUGUUGUACGGAACACUAAUCCAACGGUGGAGGUCAAUUGUGUUACUGAUUUAGAGUUGGCGGGGGCGGCGAGUAUUGUGGUUAGGAAAUUCUAUGCUGGAAUAAAUAGCCGUGAUUUGGAUUCCGUUGAAGAGCUUAUUGCUGAGAAUUGUGUGUAUGAAGACCUUGUAUUUCCUCAACCCUUUGUUGGCCGUAAGGCAAUUCUAGAUUUUUUCAAGAAGUUUACUGAUUCAGUUGGAUCUGAUCUGCAAUUUGUUGUUGACGAUAUAUCCGAGGAGGAUUCAUCAUCUGUUGGAGUCACAUGGCACUUGGAAUGGAGGGGAAGACCUUUUCCUUUUAGCAAAGGAUGCAGCUUUUAUCGAUUGGAAGUAGUGAAUGGCCAGAGGAAAAUAUUAUAUGGAAGAGACAGCGUGGAACCUGCAGUCAAGCCUGGGGAAGCGGCAUUGGUACACCCAGAUGAGCGGAAGACUUGGCUAGGAGGUUUCAGCGGGAUUGGCGAGCUCUACUUCCCAUCGGAGUGUCGUCGAGUCUGAGUAUGCAUAAGUUGUGCUUUCUGAUUUGUGUUAGAGACUUUGCAGACAGAGUCGUGGGUACGAAGAGUCAGUUCGUAAGCAGCUCAUAUGUCCACAGAUUCUGUUUGGUUUGGUCCGAGAUUUGUGUCUUAGGCGGCCCUGUUUGCUAUGGUGGCCUAAUGUGGCCUAUAUGUUCGUAAAUGUACGUAUGUUCAGGCGAUGUACAUUCCGCCUGCUUACAGGAUUUGAUAUGAUAUGUUUGAUACACGUGGCCUCUUAGGACGAUGUCUGUCCUCUGUUUCUGUUGAAAGUCCUAUUAUAUGCUUCA